AUGACCUGUUUUGAUGACCUAAGUACUGAUUUAUUACUAAAUAUAUUUACCUAUCUUACAUAUACUGAAAUUUUUCAAACAUUUUUCGGUCUAAAAAAGUGUCUCAAUGAUGCCAUUCGAGAUUAUCCAAUACAUAUUGAUCUAUCGAAAAUAAUGAAUUGUCUUAAUGCUCAACAAUUUCCAUUAAAAUGUCGAUCAAUUGUAUUAACUGGUUUAAAUUUACCUUCAUUUCAAAUGAAAUAUUCUUAUUUAAAUCUCACAUCUCUUCGAGUUGUUACAUUUAAAAAAAUGGAUCUUAUUACAUUGCAUUCAUUUAUUGAAAAAUUACCCAUGAAACAACUUGAAUCAAUUACUGUUGAAUAUUUUACUUGGCAUUAUUAUCCAAUUGAUGCUUAUAAACAAAUUUGGUCAAUUAUUAUGAAUUCUAUAAAUGGUAAUUGUCUUCGUUAUUUACAUUUACCAUAUCAUAUUCGUUAUUGGAAUAUAGAAAAAAAUUCAUAUUAUUUCUCAAAUUUAAAAUAUGCUAUUCUUGAUUAUAUAUCAGUAAGUCAAAUGUUAACAUUUAUGAGUUAUUCUCCUAAUCUUCAUCGAUUUAAAGCUUUUAUUGAUGGUCCAAAUAAAGAUAUUUUUCGAUAUAUAAUUAUUCUUUCUAAACUUAAUCAUCUUACAUUAAAUCUUCAAGAUGAAUGGACAUUUGAAGAAAUUCAACAACUUUUAACAAUAUGUCCUUAUUUAAAACAUUUAAUUCUUAAAUUAAAAAUACAAAGAGAAAUGAAGAAUAUGUUUGAACCAAUAUCAUGGCAAACAUUAAUCGAUAAUAAAUUGCCUUAUUUAACUUUUUUAAGACUUCAUUUCGAUUAUAUUAUUGAUUAUUCAGAUAAAAAUUUUUAUAAUUUUCAAGAAACAUUUAAUCAUGAUGAAUAUUGGCUUCAACAACAACCUCAUUUUCAAGUAACAAUCAAUAUAAUUCAACAAGAAGUAUUAUGA